AUGUCUGCAGAACCUGCUGCUCUGCGUCGCACUCGUCCAUCUAACGCCAACAAGCAUCCUGGUGAGAUUGUCCUUCGGGCAAAAGUCCAUCGACGUACUGCAGAGGAGAUAGCCGUUGCUAAAGCCGCAGAAGCCGAAAAGGCUACAGCCGCUCAGGUAGGCAUCCAGCGCUUGGCUAGGAUGGAGCUCGCCAUGGAGGAGAAGCAGGUCAACUCAGCGACCAAGAAGGCCAGACCAGUGCGACCUCCUCCAAAAGGAAAGUCCAAGGCUAAUAAGGCUGUCUCUGAAAAAGAGAAAAGCCUUUCAGUAGUUGCCAAUGAUGAGGCUCAGGGAGGACUCACUGAGAAUGCAGCGCUGGAGCAAGGUCUCAACGACGGUCCUAGUAAGAGGAAGAAGAAGAAGGGGAUCAGAGAAUCCAUCAAUCGCGCACGCCAUGAGAUUAAUAGUACUUCUCACCAUGAUGGCGGCGGUGAUAGCAAGGGGCCAACACGUGCUGAUAAAGGAAAAUCUACACUUUUCUUCCUAAAUCUAACUUCUAAUCGCACCGGCAGAAACCCUAACUUCACACUCAGCGGGAAGAUCCAGAACUGGAUCUCUGGUGUUGACAAACCCUCAAAGCCUCACACGCCGGCAACUCAGACCUCCAACUCAGUUCCCCCUUCCACUGUCUUCACGCACCUCACAGAGACUUCCCAAGUCACUAUCGAGAGCACUACCUCGGCUGGGACCGGUGGGAAAUCCGGUGGUGCCCUUGUUGGAGGCUUUGAUGAUGAAGAGCCAGAGGAUGAUUCUUUGGAACGCCAGGUUGCUCAGUCAAUGGACAAGAAAGGCAGGGAGGCCGUGACUACCAUCGCACUCACACUCGAUGACUCAGACAAUAGUCUAUACGAUGAUGGGCCUACUAGGGCUCCAUUCACUCAAAGUAGCGAGGCACGGCCAGUGCCUCACCCCAGGCCUGUCCCCAAAAGGAAGGCGGAUGAAAUCCUGGAGGUUUCAUCUGAUAGCGAAUUCGAAGACGUCAGCGAGGCUGCUGGAAGUGACAACGACCUACUAUCGGAUAUCGACGGUGACGACUUUUCGAUGGAUGUUGAUCCACGCCAAUCAGACCUCAAGCUGACGACAUCCCAACCUGUGGUCAAGCAAGGUCCUGCCGACACGGGAGUGCUCAUGAGAAUGCUGUCAAAGCCAGAGAAAGCUUGCCGCACUACAAAUUCGACAUCCGUCAAAACUGUAGACACGAACACUCCAGCAGCCAAGAAGGUGAAGACAGAACCGAUCACAGCGCCAAUCAGUGCUACUCCUGCACAGGCCCAGCCUGAAGUCCAAUUUGACACACCUGCGAAAUCAGUAAAGCCCCGAGCGCAAUACCGGACCACCGACCUACCUGCGCCAGUCCAGGCAGACCAGCGCUGGGCCAAGAAAUUCUGCCCGACUGUGAUCUUGUGGAUGGGGAGUCUCGAAGACGACCUUGUUUGGACCAUCACAGAUGUGAAGUUACUCGAGCACGUUCAAAUUAUAUUUGAUGCAGUGUACCCAGAGCUCAGCCUUAAAGUGGUUCAGAAUGGUACCGUUCAACGCCUCUCUGAAUGGCGUAGUACCUUCGGCUCAACAGCCAUUGCACUCGUCAUCGAUUUCUUGCUAACCAACCAAGACUGUGACCCGCAGGUUCUCUCACGCCUCCUCUUGAAGGAUUACGCCUUCCUCUUCGCAGACAUGGACCUACGUGAUCCCCUUGGAGUGUACCAUUCCGCCUUCAUGCUUCAACUCUUCGGAAAGGCGCACCUUGCCUCCAUCGGUGGCCACGCCAACAUCCCCGCACUAAAGACUCACACCUUAGCAACAAGUGGAAUGGUAGGCGCCUUCUCACUUUGUGCCGCAGCUCUCGAGCGCGCUGUUGAAAUGAUCGCCGUGGGUGAUAUCAAGGCCGAGGAUAUUUUAGCUGCAACUUCAUCCACCAAGAUCAGUGUUAAGCUGCCGAAAGUCCUCAACAAGGCCACUGGAAAGGAGACCAGCAUCCCCUUUCUGUUCUCGCGCGAUAGGUGUGCCAAGAAGACGAAGAACUACGCCAGGUCCAUCAAGAAGAAGGGAGCGGCCUUCGUAACAUCUUUGACGGAGAUCGCACGUUCAGCAUGGAAGGAAAAUGUCUGGCCCGCGGACUCAACUGUCACAGAUGACGAGUCUGAUGACGAACGUGCCUUGCUGUGUAUCUAUAAUUUGACGGCACCACGUCCACGCGCUGCUACUCCUGCUGGUAACCAUUUUACUAUACUCCUUUUCUCUGCUCUGAACCCCGUCCAGAUUUCGCCUCGAGCGUCUUCAAGGCCGUCUUCGUCACUCUCGUGCACUGCUUCAAGUUUGCUCUUUGCUGUCAUCAUUUGUGUCUUGCCACUCGUUUUUUAG